UGUGUGUGUGUGUGUGUGUGAGAGAGAGAGAGAGAGAGUGUGUGUGUGUGUGUGUGAGAGAGAGAGAGAGAGAGAGAGAGAGAGAGAGAACUUCUACCGUCCUACAAGAUACCACCACACCGAAUGGCUGCACUAACAGACUCCUGCUACUUAGGAUUUGACUUCAGCACCCAGCAGCUGAAAGUCAUUGCCAUUGAUGGUAAUCUUCAAGUUACUCACCAGAGCAAUAUCCAGUUUGAUGGCAACCUUCCAGAGUUCAGGACUCAUGGGGGAGUUCACAUCCAUGAGAACAGAGUAACUGUAACCUCUCCAGUGCUCAUGUGGCUCAAGGCACUUGACCUGCUCCUUGAGAAGAUGAAGACUGCAGGAUUCGACUUCUCUCGUGUGAAAGCUAUUUCAGGCAGCGGUCAGCAACAUGGCAGUGUAUACUGGAAAAAGGGAGCGAGAAAAACUCUGCAGUGUCUGGAUCCGGGAAGAUAUUUACACAGCUUGCUGGAGAAUAGUUUUGCUGUCCAGGACAGUCCAGUGUGGAUGGACUCCAGUACAGCAGAGCAAUGUAAGAGCCUUGAGCGUGCAGUAGGUGGCGCUCAACAGCUUGCUAAUAUCACUGGGUCACGAGCCUAUGAGCGCUUUACUGCAAAUCAGAUUGCCAAGAUUUACAAGUUACAGCAGGACCGAUACAAUGACACUGAGAGAAUCUCACUGGUCAGUAGCUUUGCUGCAUCUCUUUUUCUUGGUGAUUAUGCUCCGGUUGACUACAGUGAUGGUUCAGGGAUGAAUAUAAUGGACAUCUUCACUAAACAGUGGUCAGAGCCAUGUUUGAAAGCCACUGCACCUCAGCUGGCAGAGAAGCUCGGUGACCCCACGCCACCCACUGCAGUUCUGGGCUUUGUUUCUCCCUAUUUUGUGAAGCGUUUUGGAUUCCCAGAGGACUGUAAAGUGGUGGCUUUUACUGGUGACAAUCCUGGAUCCCUAGCAGGUAUGCGGCUACAGGAGGGAGAUAUAGCGGUGAGCCUGGGCACAAGUGACACUGUGUUUCUGUGGAUCAAGGAACCCAGACCUAUGGUGGAGGGACACAUCUUCUGCAACCCUGUAGACUUCCAGUCCUAUAUGGCUCUGAUCUGUUAUAAGAAUGGCUCUCUGACUAGAGAACGGAUCCGUAACGAGUGUGCUAGAGGAUCAUGGGAAGAUUUCUCCAAUGCCCUGAGGUCCACUCCCAUGGGGAACAAUGGAAACAUAGGAAUUUAUUUUGAUGCAGUGGAGAUCACACCUCCAGCGCUUGGGAUUCACAGAUUUGAUCAACAUGAUAAAGAAGUAGCUGCCUUCACCCUAGAGGUGGAAAUUCGAGCCCUGGUUGAAGGACAGUUCCUGGCAAAGAGAGUGCAUGCCCAGAAGUUGGGUUACAGGAUUAUGCAAGGAACAAGAGUUCUGGCAACAGGAGGUGCCUCAUCUAACAAGGACAUACUUCAGGUUCUGUCUGACGUGUUCAACGCUCCAGUGUAUACCAUCGACUUGGCCAACUCCGCCUGCCUCGGCUGCGCCUACAGAGCUGUGCAUGGACUUGCUGCUGAAAUGGGAAUGUCAUUUGCAGAGGCAGUGAGUAAAGCCCCAGGAGCACAGCUCGCAGUGAAACCAACCCCAGGAGCUGAAAAGGUCUACGGACCGCUCCUGAAGAGAUAUGCAGAUCUGGAAAAGAGGAUUCUCAGGAACACAAUGACAUCAUGAUUCAUACAUUCGGUAUCUUUUAAGCACCUUUUUUUUCCUGGUUAACAGCCAUAAACAAAUGAUGCCUUUAACGUGAUUCUGUAUAAAAGAUGCUGCAUUGGUUUUCUAUGUGAAAAUGUAUGUGCAUUGAUUCUGUGGAUGACUCACACUGUUCCGUGUUAAUUGUGAGCAGGAAGCAGCUCAGUGUGAUCAUUAAUUUGGCCUGACGGGUUCAAAUCUAUCACCGUGUCAGGAGUAAAAAGAAGAAGAAGAAGAAGAAGAAAAAAGCUAUUGUGUAACAUAAUAUAAUUCCUGUAUAAGCAAUGAAAUGAAGAAAAACAAUAACUGAUAGGAGCUGUUUGACUCAACCUUCCUCUUCCCCUUUCUAAGAUGAAGCACAAUUAUUUUCUAAAUAUAUAUGUGUGUGUUUUACUGAUACUUUGACCUAGGGUUGUGUUCUAUUAAUAAUAAUCCAUCUGCGUUGCCUACAUUCCCACUCACUGACACCGGUGUGCCUCGGCUGCCGCUUGAAAUCAAUUGGUCAUUAGUCUUCAGCUCCAGCCUUUGCUGCUGCUAAAUGUGAAAUGUAAGGUAGUGUGAAUGCAUUAAUGUCUCAGUUCUGCAGACCUGUAAUGUAUUUAAGGCUACACAUUGUGCAUUAAUUAAGAUCAUCAGUUUGCCACUGUUUACAAAUCUUUGGAUCAUAUGUUUCACUUUUUAGCAUCACAACACAUUUACUGUACUGGUGCUGAUGGUCUAUUAGUGUUCCACAGACCCAGUCAUCAGCGUUCUAAAUAAACUGGUGAAUAUAUAUGAAAUUAUGAGUAGUGGUGACCCAGAUACCUCAAGAUAUUUUUACUUUUGUUGCAUAUACGUUUUUUCUGCUUCAUUCCUCUCUCCAAACUAGAUUCGCUUUGUGAAACCAUUCAUCAUAAAUGGGAACGAUGGGACGUUACGAGAUAUAUAUGAUAUAGUACGUAAACCUUAGUAUCCAAGCAUUUUCCUUCUGUCUUUGUUGUACACCGCACGCUUACAGAGGGACGACUGAGGAAGAUAGACUGAUUUGACUGAUUGAUUUUAAAAUCAGACACACUGUGUGAAAUGUUGCUCACUUCCUUGUCUAUAUGCCUCACAACACUUUGUAUUUCUAAUCAUAUCAGAGGAACUGUUCGAAUAAAUGUGUCAUCGUUUUAA